GCGUCGCAAGUUAUCGCGAGAAAUCCAGAGAAGGGAGAGAGAGGUGUAGUUGCUGUGGCCAAGGAUAGUCGCUUAGCUCGGCCGGAACAAGCAGCACAGAGCCAGUAAAGGGGCCCCAGCUCUGAGCCGCCCUCCCCGCACAGCUCUCCCACCCCCAAUCCUCGGUCUGAUCGCCAUCCGGCCGACCUGGAUACCCGAACACCGUGAGCUCUCCCUCCCAUCACCCCAUCCCCCAACUGGGUGAGAGCUCCGCCAUCAGCCCCUCUGGGUGGGGAAGGAAGCCAUAGGGGGGGUCUGAUUGUCUCACACUACGGCCAUGAUCCAGACCUCGACUGGCUAAUCGGUAUCGACCUCCUUGAGGGACAUCUUGCCACCAUAGGAUCUUCUACAUGCAAGAUAGAUUAUACCUUUUAUAUAAGCGGAUAUGAAGAGUGAGGUUCCUUCAGAUGCACCGAAGAUACAGGAAAACCUAAAAGGGGUGCUCCUAAACCCUGAGUCUAUUGGGGCAGCCAAGAAUUUUCCAGCAGAGGUGGAGAUGAUUGCUAGCAAGGUGGGCAAUGAGUUCUCACACUUAUGCAGUGACUCUAGUAAACCACAGAGAGACUUGGGUAGCAGUGGACCCGAACAAGAGAAAAACCUUGUGGUGAGGAAAAAGCGAAAAAGCCAGCAGGCUGGCCCUUCUUAUGCUCAAAGCUGUGAGGUUAAGGAAAACCAGAGACUGUUAGAAAUAAGACUAGAGCCUCAAAGUAAUGAAGACAACGAUUCUUCCUUCAGUGAUUGCUUAUCUUCACCUUCAUCUAGCUCUCAUUUUGGAGACUCUGACACUAUGACAUCUGAUGAGGACAAGGACGUUCCUAGGAGAUUCUCUCCUUCAGGGGUUAACACAGCAUCUAGAACUCAAAGUGCAAGGGCUCAGAAGUGGCCCCGUCCUCAGACAGACUCUGUGUCUACUAUGCUUAUGAAGCGGCCUUGUUAUCAAGUGAGCAGUCUACGGAGGUCUGUGCACCGGAAGAGGAUUGUAAAAAAUGGCUCUACUCAGAGGACACAAAAACAAAAAGAACGGAUAUUGAUGCAGAGGAAAAAGAGGGAGGUGUUGGCAAGGCAGAAAUAUGCUUUGCUGCCUAGUUCCAGCAGUUCCAGUGAGAAUGACCUUAGCAGUGAAUCUGCCUCUAGUUCGUCUACCGAAGGAGAGGAGGAUAUAUUUGUCUCUCCGGGGGAAAAUCACCAAAAUGGUACAACACUCCCCUCAGGCACCAUCGAUGAGGACGUUGUAGUCAUCGAAGCUUCAUCCACCCCCCAGGUCCCAGCCAACGAAGAAAUCAACGUUACCUCAACUGACAGCGAGGUGGAGAUUGUGACAGUCGGGGAAACAUACAGAUCUCGCUCUUCAGUUGGACACUCUCGAUCUCAUUGGGGCCAAAGCUCAAACUCUCAGUCUGGCAGAUCACAGGAACAGAGGAGUCGCAGUAGGGUCUCCACAGUUAUUCAGCCUUUAAGGCAAAAUGCAACUGAAGUUGUGGACCUGACUGUAGAUGAAGAUGAUCCCACAGUUGUGCCAACUACCUCUGUCAGAAUGGAGUCCCAGCCUGGCAGCACUGUUUCCAGCAAUACGUCUACCUCAGAGCCGGCCUCUGAAGCUGUUUCAGGAUCAUCUGGGGCUCAGACUUCCAACGUGCCUGAGACACCCCCAGGCCCUGCAAAUAACAGCACUACAGGCACAACAGCAGAUGACACCAGGAUGACUACUUCAGGCUCUGCUGUAGAUGGUGGCCCUCCAGCUAUGCCACGUUUGCCAUCUUGUUGCCCCCAACACUCACCAUGUGGUGGAUCGUCUCAAAAUCAUCAUGCCUUGGGACAUCCACACUCAAACUGUUUCCAACCACACAGUCACCAUUUUCCACACCAUCAUCACCACCACCAUCAUAAUUCACACCCAGCUGUUCCUCUUUCUCCUCCUUAUCCGGACUCUCAUUGCCCCGUGGAGAGAAGUGCCCCUGUACCACCACCUUGUGGAGCCACUGGCAGUUCUGGUUCAACCUAUCAUGACCCGCAAGCCUUACCAGUAGAUCUGAGCAACAAUGGUAUAAGAAGCCAUGGGAGUGUUAGUUUUCAUAGCACCUCUGCGUUUGACCCUUGCUGUCCAGGCUCCUCUUCACGCUCUACCGUUUACGGACACCAGUCCUCAGCCAGUACUGCACAACCCAUAGCAAUUGAUGGAUAUGGAUCCAACAUGGUAGCUCAAGCUCAGCCUCCUCCCCAGACUUCUCUCUCUUCCUGUCGUCAUUACAUGCAUGCUCCAUAUGCUUCUCUUACAAGGCCUUUGCACCACCAAACUUCAUCUUGCCCUCAUUCACACGCCAAUCCCCCUCCGCAACCUCCACCACCACCUCCUCAGAUGGACUAUGUCAUUGCUCAUCCAGUGCAUCCUUUUCAUCCAUCUCUACCAAGCCUAACAUCUGGUCAUCCAGUCCCUCCACCUCCUCCUUCCCAUCACCUUUCAAGUGCAACAGCACCUCUCACCCAGCAUCUCACCACAUCUCACCAAUCCAUGUCCCACCAUAUUUCUGCUGCAGCCCCUGCAACACAGCGGUUGCAUCCACAUGAGGUCAUCCAGAGAAUGGAAGUCCAGCGGCGGCGUUUGAUGCAGCAUCCAACGCGUGCUCAUGAACGGCCACCUCCACACCCACACAGAAUGCACCCCAAUUAUGGACACGGACACCAUAUUCAUGUGCCUCAGACAAUGUCCUCCCACCCUCGCCAGGCUCCUGAGAGAUCGGCUUGGGAAAUAGCAAUUGAAACUGGAGUGACAGCAACACCCUACCAAACUGGUCCCUUACAUCCCCAUCUAGGUCACUACCACCCACCUCCCAGGCUUCAUCAUUUGCAGAUCGGGGCCCUUCCAUUAAUGGUUCCAGACAUGGCGGGCUACCCUCACAUCCGCUACAUUUCAUCUGGAUUGGAUGGAAGGUCAUUCAGAGUUCCUUUCAGGGGCAAUUUUGAGGAAUUAAUACACCUGGAAGAGCGACUUGGUAAUGUGAAUCGUGGUGCUUCACAGGGAACAAUAGAAAGAUGUACAUAUCCACACAAAUACAAAAAGAUAGCACUGGAUGAGCUAUGCCAACCUACCCACAACACUAUCACCACUGCCCAGGUAUCCACUGAUUGGUUCUCACAGAGGAAACUACAAGGCAAGCAAGAUGGCGAGGAAGCAACAGAGGAAGACACUGAAGAAAAAUGUACAAUAUGCCUUUCUAUAUUAGAGGAAGGGGAAGAUGUCCGACGCCUCCCGUGUAUGCAUCUCUUCCACCAAGUAUGUGUAGACCAGUGGCUGAUCACGAAUAAGAAGUGCCCCAUUUGUAGAGUGGACAUUGAAGCUCAGCUACCUACGGAGAGUUGACACUUCUCAAUACAACAUUAUGUAUGCCGCUCACCCCACUCGGUACUGCAGCCAACCAAAGAUGGCAUGACUUAACUGCACAGAAGUGGAAGCAUUAAAUCUGGUCUGCUGGUUCUGCCUCAGUAUACAUCCAAUGCUAUAGACUACCAUUGUAUACAUGUCACAUUUAGGUCCUUUGCUGCUGGCAAGUUCCUUCUAGCAGGGAAGGGUAUAUAUAUAUAUUUAUACUGCUUUUUUUUUCUCCCCUUAUUUUUUUUUUCUCAGUUUGUUUUGAUGUAUGUAUUUUUUGCAUGGAUUCUUGUAUUGCAUUUCUUUGCACAUAUUAUGGGCUUUGUGAACCCUUAAACUUGCAGGCAAGAUCUAGCUGCUCUAGUUAGUAGAUGAUGAUGAGUGUGAGUGUGAGUGUAAGUGUGUGAGUGUGAGUGAG